CCCGCCGCCCCCGUCACACCUCCACCAUGCUUUCGUAAAUGUUGUCCCUAGUACGCAUGUGGGAUGCUUGAUGGAUUUCACUAUAUUUUAUCUGCGAUUUUGGCUUUAUGGCCUUAAAAAUGACUUUAUGAGAGAGGUCAGUGACUAGUGUACGGAGUUAGGUGAGAAGAUCGUUGGAUCAGCGCGUGAGAGGUGGGAGUUGAGUGUAAAUAUUGUCGGGUGUGAGGGGGAGAAUAUGGCGACGCACACACACACUUGUGCUCCCGCUCCUAGUGUUGCUAAAGACAAGACUGCCACCUCAUCGUGGGCUGGCAUUGUUGGUGGAGGCAAGAGUGACCUUGUUGGGGAUAAUGGGAAGGUGCCUGUAGAGGAGAAGCAGGUGACUAGUGAAGGUAAGGAGGUGGCAGCUGGUCCCGGGGAGGCUACACCUGCUGGUGGUGGUGGGACGCCCAACAUUACCGGCGCCCACGACCUCGACCCCGAGGAGCUGGCACAGUUCACAGAAAUCCGCACCAAGAAGGAUCGCUCCAAGAAGAGGGAUGGUGUGCGUGGCUGGAGGAGGGAGAGGCGGGGGGGACGCAAGGAGUAUGCAGACUGGGACCCCAGACAUGUUGACAGAAGUGAAGGCAGCUCUAGGGGCCGGGGAAAGAGACAGGUGAAAGAGAUGACGCCCAAGCUGAUGAACGGGCCCCUCGAGGUGGACGAAGAGGUUGUCGAAGAGGCAGAACGCGGUGCCGAACCGGAGACCGAAGAAGAAAAAGUUCAGUAUGUGCCGGCGCCCGCGCCUAGUGUUAACAUAUGGGAGAAACGCCAGAGUGGCCCCGUACUUGUUGGGGUUGAUGCUUCGGAUCCAGCUGGCGGAGCAGGCAAGUGUGUGGAAGAGCCAAAAACACCUAAAGUAAGAGCAGCAGCAGCAGCAGCAGUUGUACCGGCAGCCAUAUUAGCCAGCGUCUCAACCACACCAUCCAUAAUUGUGGUUCCUGGGGUAGUGACUGAAGAGGCCCCUUCUCUACUGUGUCAGCCUGCACCUCCGCUAGUGUGUCAGCCUGCACCUCCGCUAGUGUGUCAGCCUGCACCUCCGCUAGUGUGUCAGCCUGCACCUCCGCUAGUGUGUCAGCCUGCAUCACCACUAGUGUGUCAGCCUGCAUCACCGCUAGUGUGUCAGCCUGCACCACCGCUAGUGUGUCAGCCUGCACCACCGCUAGUGUGUCAGCCUGCACCACCGCUAGUGUGUCAGCCUGCACCACCACUAGUGUGUCGACCUACACCACCGUUAGUGUGUCAGCCUGCCACUCCUCAACCAAAUCAGCCGCUCAUUCCUGUUCUCUCUCAACCUACCACUCCUUUAGUUGAAUCCAUGCCUGUCAACUCCAGUGUUAGUAGCACUGUUGUGAGCGAUCCUACCCCAGCAGAAUCACUCCACCAGCAAAACAUCACUCAUGUUAACACCAACGAUAAGAAUAAGGCAAAUUUAAAGGGUAAUGGCAUCAAUGAUGUAGCGGACUGGCCAACUCUGGUUGAGGUGCAGCAGGCACAAGAAGCUAUUCAUUUACUCCAGACAUCACGGUCAGAAUGGAGAAAAAGCGAAGAAAGAAAACUAAAAGAGGUUGAGAAGGAAGAUGUCCUAAAAGAGAAUGAAAAGUCAGAAGACUCCGGUUCUCACGAUGACGACUCGCUUAAAGAGAACCGAGAAGCCUCGGCCCCGCUCACCAACAACAAGAUUCAACAAACACACAAUGCACCUUCCAAGGCAGCAAAAAAUAAGAAAAACAAAAUUAAGAAGCAGAACUGGAAAAGAUUAGACAUCCCUCCUCCAAAAAGAGAGAAAGGAUUUAGACGCCCAGAAGGUCAUGGAUCAGACUCAAUUGACUGGAGAGCUGAUGCACGGUCAACAAACAAUGCCUUGAGAGGACGAGGAAUUUUCCGUGGCAAUGCCCUUAGAGGGAGAGGUAGAGGAAGAGGAGGGGGUCGAGGAAUUGGUAUAGGUCCAGGUGGCAUGAGAGGAGGAUUCAGAAGCUCCUCUGCUGAACUCUUUGAAAACUUCUCCGAAUAUUCCGAAAUUCCAGAUUAUCUGCUACGGGAUCCAAAUUUGAUGCAGUUCUUCGUUCCAUCUGUGGGGUUCAUCUUCCCCGAUUUUGCUCCUCAGAAUGAAAUUGCUAUUAAAGAGAAGAUUAUGAAACAAGUGGAGUACUAUUUUAGUGAUGAUAACUUGGCUAAUGACAUCUUUAUGAGGAGGAAGAUGUCUAAGGACGGCUAUAUUCCAGUGUCUCUCAUUGCCUCAUUCAAUCGUAUGAAGCAGCUCACACAAGAUGUCAAGUUAAUCGUUGAUGUUUGCAAAACUUCAGAGAAUCUGGAAGUUAAAGAUGAAGUCUGGUUGCGGACGAAACACAACCCCACAAAAUGGCCGCUGGAGGAUGCCGCUGCUGGAGCUCUCCAAGCUCUGUUAACCAAAGUUUCUCCAAGCAUGACACCUGCCGGUGCUACCCCAGCCACACCCAUCCCAAUCAUAGACACUAUUGUUAACAGUGAUACCCCAUCUGCUCCAUCACCGCCAACUGUCAUGAACCCAGAGGUGGCAGAGUUCACCCCACAUCACGCUGAACUUGACCCUGCUCAACCAGAAUUCAUUCCAUCAGUCACUGAUGCCACUGCCAAAGAAGGACAAGAGGAUGAAGCCAGUUCCAGUGAAAAGGAUGAUGACUGGAAGGAGGUGAAACGUAAGGGACGUCUAAGAAGAGAUAAUGAGAGCAAGGAAAAAGACCUGAAGCAGCCAGCUGACACUGUGUUGGACAAGUCAAAUGUUAAGAAAAGUCGAGGAAUGUCUCAGGAACCACUUGGCUUCUGCAAAGACACAAGAGAGGAGCUUGAUUUUCAGUUUGACGAAGAGCUUGAGGUUCUGCCAAAGACUGGGCGACAGCAUGAUUUUAGUGAAUGGUCGGAUGAUGAAAGUGACUACGAAAUUAGUGAUCAGGAUGUAAAUAAGCUUCUGAUUGUGACACAGUCUCCACCAUCUGCUACUGCUGCAGCUCCAGGAACAUCGACUAGUUCUUCAUCAUCCAGUACUGCCACCCGGCCUCCUAAGCAUGGCGGAUUUGAUCGCACUGGGGACUGGACUUCCCGUACUAAAAUGACACAAGAAUUGGCCAAGGUUAUUAAUGAUGGACUCUACUAUUAUGAGCAGGAUCUGUGGGAGGACAGCGAAUGGUUCCCGCAGUCAACAGAGAGAAAGCAAACGGCCGUGACGCAGCAGGUUACAAUGAUCAGUCAAGAGGUGAUGGAGACCCUGCAACCCAACCACCCUCCUGUCCCAGUUAACCAAGAGGUCCCUCCCCCUCCCCCUCCCCUACACCUCCUCCAGGGUGCAGAGGAUCCUUUUGAAGACAAGGUUUCACCUACACCAAAAACGCCAAGAUCACGAAAAGCUGCACGUUUCUACGCAGUUGUUAAAGAUAAAGCAAAUGUUGAUCAGCGAACUCCACGCAAAAAGAAGACUCGCCACUCUCACAAUCCACCUGUGGAGAGUCAUGUUGGGUGGGUUAUGGAUUCCAUAGAACACAAGCCCCGCACAAACUCAAUAAGUGACUUAAAUGCGAGCCCAAAUGAGAAUCAGCUUUCAAAUAGUUUUGGCAGCAGUUAUGGAUCCUUUGGGUCUUUACCAGGCUCUUUACCGACCUUCCAACACCCGUCACAUUCUCUUCUCAAGGAAAAUGGCUUCACUCAACAAGUCUACCACAAAUAUCGAGCUAGAUGUUUAAAAGAACGCAAAAGACUAGGCAUUGGACAGAGUGCCGAGAUGAACACUUUGUAUCGCUUCUGGUCCUUCUUCCUCCGAGAACACUUCAACCGCAAAAUGUACGAAGAAUUCAGAAGAUUAGCCAAUGAAGAUGCCAAAGUUGGAUACAGAUAUGGCUUGGAGUGUCUCUUCAGGUUCUAUAGUUAUGGACUGGAGAAACAUUUCCGAGAUGAAAUUUACAAUGACUUCCAAGAAGAGACUUUACGAGAUAUUGACUGUGGUCAGCUGUAUGGACUCGAGAAAUUCUGGGCAUUUAGGAAGUAUUAUAAAAAUAGUGUCAAUCUUGCAGUGCAAGAUAAACUCAAAGAGCGUCUUGCAAAGUAUAAAAGCAUUGAGGAUUUUAGAGUAGAAAUGCCCGAAGAAUAUGAUGCAGCACGAGAGGCCAGAAAAGCUCGCAUUCGCACCAGAUCAGAGAACGAGGGCAUGAUGGUGGCAGGCCACGAGGGUUAUCAGAGGUAUGGCUACAACUGCUCCGGGCCUAAGCGACGUCAGCGCCGUGCUUCUGAGGGUGAUGGAACCCCAAGCCAGGUGGACUACUAUCCACACCACCACACCAGAGUACGGAAUAGCUCCGGAGAAUAUUUCUAUACGAGGGGAAGUGGGUCCAGAAGUCGGCACUCAAGUGGUCAGAUGCAGUGGCAAAGAGCAGACAAUAGUAGUAGUUACAGGAAACCAAAGUCAGUGCAAUAUAAGACAAACCCUUCUGCAGCCAAGACCCAGCAAGCACAAUCUCAGCAGAAGACCACAGAAAACAGUAAAACUUUCAGUCAAGCAAAAAGUAAAGUAGAGGCCCAGAAACAACAGGAAACCAUAGACAACAGUAAAACCAACAGCCACACAAAGAUGAAGUCAGAAGCUCAAAAACUGGAGAUCGCAAUAAAGACUGAGUCCUCAAAACCAAACGUAUCUAAAAUCAACAAAGUAAAUCAUAACAUAAAGUUGGAAACAGUUAAAUCAGUUAGUGUAUCAAAAGUGCCGUCAGGAGUGACAAAAUCAUCGGGGACCGUUGCUACCCCAAAGACAAUUCCCAAAACGGCUCCAGUUCCUGUUCCACAAUCGCCAAGCACAUCUAGUUAGGGUUUAAUAGCUGAAAGACAUGUUUGUAUUUAAGGAUGAUGAGUCACCUCAGGUUCCUGUGUCAAGGAAUGUAUGUAAACUAUAAAAUGCAUGUAUGCAAAGGCUCAUUGUUGCGACACAAAGUGAGAUACUGUAUGUUAGGAACUUCUUAUGUUUGCAUGAGAAGGGUUAAUAUUUGUUAAUAGUGUUCGUUUAGUCUAUUGGCUUUGACUUCAAGAUAAUAUUUCACAAACUUAGUAAAUGUUUAUUUUUUUAGUGGUUUAAGGAGUAGAAAAAUGUACUUUUUAAGUAUAAUUCCAAAUCAGUGAUGCCAACUGUUUUGCUAAAUGUUGAAUGAUUCUGUUGUGUAUUUGAGGAGGUUCUGCUCACUCUUAUCAAACUUAUCAGUAACUACAUGACUUGCCUCUCUUCUUCUCUUUGCACUUAAAGAGAGAGAUGUUUAAAACUUAGACUAAGAAAAGAUGAAGUAUGUAUGUAUAUGUAUAUACAGUAUAUAUACACACACAUAUAUAUAUACAUAUAUAUAUAUUUGUAAAUAGUGGAUUGUUUACUCAUAAUCAGUAUUGAUUAUUGCACCAGAUAUUUAAGAAGUAUGAAUUAACUGGGUAAGUUAUACAUCAGAUUUCUUUGAUUAUGUAUAUAUUAUAUAUAUAAAAUACAGUAUACACAUUUUCAUCAGUAAAUUAAAGUUGCCACCAUUCACUACAAAAUGUGCAGCUCAACAACUCAACAGAUAACAGUCCAACAAAAUGAGAUUUCUCAAGAUCGCCUGUAGGAACCUGGUAAGGAAUGCUGUACAAUAUCAUUGUACUAAAGGUUGACUAGGUAAAUUGGACAAGCAGUACCCUUAAUUUUCAGAAGGCUUAGUGGCAUACUUUUUGUUGAUAUAGUUGAAUAUUGUAUUAGAUGUUGCCAGCAGGUAUUGACUUUAUUCAUUACAGCUGGGACCACCAUGAUCAAUGAUUUGCAGCUUUUUAAUGCCUUCAUGUUCCCUUACAAUAGUUACAAUUGCAUCUUGAAGAUAUUUUAAGAUCCAUUUGACAGUUGUAGGGGCAGUUCCUUUGCUGGAAAUUUGGAUAAUUUGACUGUGAGAUGGUUUGUGCCUUAAUUAGUACCUCAGCAAAGCUCAGUUUUCUGUUUAGUUUUUAAAGCAAAAUCAGCCUUAUUGAAGUACUUUCUUAGGAGCACAAUUCCUGAUCCAAUUCUAAACUGUUUGGGCUUGUCUACGUAUCUGUAUCUCCUGCAUGCGAGUGUGUUGCCUGGAGGCUAAUGCAUUGGUGUAUUUAACCCAAUUCAUCAUGAUGUACUGAGAAGUAAUGAUGACAGGUGCUCAUUUUUCACCAGAUAUCACAAGUGACAUUUGUAUGGUAUGGAAUGUUUUCCAUCAUGUUCCAAGAGGUUGAUUACUUCCUAGGUUUAUUUUUCUAAUGUUUGUAGGCGUUAUGUGUCUAUUUGGCAAAUUUUCUAAUAGAUUUGAUUUGCCUUUUUAUCUGCAGUGGUUCUUCAUGAUACAUAAUGCUUCUGAUGCCAUAGUUGUUAUUUUUGGCUGUGGUCUCUUGUGUGGGAAGUGGUCGAAUGUUUUCCUUCCCAGUUGUACAUAGUUGUUUGGUAAUUAUCUGUCAGGUAGCAAUGAGGUUGCUAUGCAAUCUACAGUUAAGAAAUGCUUUUGGCAGGGGGGAGGGGGACAAGGGCUUGUGUGUAUAGAGGAUGCACCAUUUUUGUGGAUGUGCCAGGUGUAUAUAUUGCAGCUUUGUGGUAUGUGAUAAUAUUCAAAUGGUGCCACCAUUUACUGGAAAUUUCAUAAGCUAGUAAAUGUAAAAAUUACUUAAAAUGCACUGGUAUCAAGUGUUUUGCUAUGUUAUUCAGCUAAUAAAUUGUCUGCUUGUGAAUUCAUUUAAAUAAUUUAUAAUUGACAUUAAAGGAACUAUAGUGGUUAUAUUCUGUGUUAAAUUUUUGAUAAUUUAAUUUGAUUUAGUUACGUAAAAUGGUGUAGCUUCUUACCACUUCUGUUGGCUAAUUUUAAUAUAUGGUUGCAUUUAAUAUUAUAUGUUAUUUUGAUUUUGAUUGGCCCAUAAAAAAGUACAAAAAAGUUUUUAAUUAAAUUACUUGACACCCAAAUUAAAUCCCAGAGUUUGUGUGUGUGUCGUUAGAUGCAUUACAUUUAUUUGUUCAUUGUAAUCUAUUAACGCUCAUGUAUCAUAAGGUUUAGGGAUAGCACUUUGUUACAUUUUUGGGUCAUUGUGUUUCUCAUUGGAAUCCUGGCAAUUUGAGUGUAGGAUAUUCGCUAUGAUCAUCUUUCCUGUCCCAUAGCUUACUACUGUAACCUAAGUCAAUUAUAAGGUCAUAAAACAAAUAAAAAAGAAAAAAAGAAUUUAAAUACAUAA